CCGUUCAUUGGACAAGAAGCCAAUAUGGCGUCACAGUAACGUAGCAAAUGCGCUAAAAAUAUCAAAUUUUAUAUACUUAUAACUUUUGAACCAUUUGAUUCCUAAAGUUGAGACUUGCAUUUUGGGAUUCUCCGCAUCAAAAACUAUAGAUUCCAAAAAAAAAAAAGUCCAAAAUUUUUGGUCCGGUAAAGUAAAGUUCAUUCAUUUUUCAUAAUGAUAUUUUAUCACAGCUCUUUUUGAUAAAUAAAUUAUAUUGAAAAACUCUUAUAAGAUGAUGGCACUUGCAUACAUCAACUCAAUACCUUCGAUAAUCAAUGAUUAAUUACCGAUACCGUUUGAUUGGUUGAUUCAAAUAGUAUCAAAAAUUGUAAAUGGAAUCUAAGAAUAUCCCGUCGUAAGCUCCAUCAUGGAGUUAUUUAGUUGCUUGCUACGUCCCCUUCCUAUUGAUGUAUAUUUUUAGAUAUAUUGCAUAGAAAAACUUCAUUACAAACAGACAGUUAUUGCAUUUUAAUAUAUUAUUGGUAACAGUUUAGAAUAAAAAUGAAUAAAGGUUGUUGGAAAUUCGAUGAAGAAGAUAAAGCAUUGUAUAUAGACAUGGAGGAUGAAGAUACAGAAGAGGAUAAACUGACUAAAGUGUACAGCCAUUGGGAUCAAUUGCCCGAUAUACUUCUAGAGGAAAUUUUUUCUUAUCUAACUAUGCGCGAACGUUACUAUGCAUCUCUGGUGUGCAGGUCAUGGUAUCGUGCCUUUCACCUGCAAAAUGUGUGGGCUACGUUCACGUUAGAGGAUUGCACUCUCACCAGGGGAAAAUUUAACUAUUAUAGCGGAUGGCAAUACGUUCUGGAUCACUUAAGAACGUCUACGUGUUUAAACAAAGUUGGAAAGAAUUUUAGAUGCUUGAUUUUCGAGCCCAUGUUAAAUUUUUAUAAUCUCUACGAAUUUAUGAAUAUGAUAUCUUGGUACACGGAAAGGCAAGGAUCGGAUAACACCUCGGUAGCAGGAGUCGGUACUUACAUUCGACGGCUUAAAUUCACGUUUCCAUGUAACAUGGCAAACAGGGACGAUCCUGACCGUAUUAGACUUUUCGGUACCGGGGGAAAAUUGUUAGAGGCGUUGAAAAGGCUGAUGCGAAAUUUGCGUAAUUUAAGAUGUUUAGAAUUAAUAGAUCUCAUGUUAGACAGUAAAGAAGCUCUACAUUUAAUGGAUGAUAUUUGUUCAAAUUGUACUCAAACUCUAUCAAAAUUAGUAUUAAUUAAUACUACAAGAUAUUAUUGUCCCCUGUUGCACGUAGGAGUAUUUAUUAAUUUAAACGUACUAGUCGUUAGCCCUCAGAAUCUUCACGAAGAUAUAAUAGAUUUAAUUGGUUAUACUAAAUUGCAACAUCUUCACAUUGUUCAAAAUCGCUAUAGUCCCAAGGAUACAACUAUGAGAUUGCCUAAAAGAUCUUCCUGGGUGAAGAUGAGAGUAAAUAAUCCAUACAUUAAAGUACAUUUUGAAGUGGAGAGUUAUAAACCCACCGAUAUACUUUUGCCAAUUGAUUUAUUGGAACACGGUGGUAUUCCUUGUCACAGUAUUGUUUUAGACAAUCCAAAUACCGAGAUUUCAGCCUCCACUAUUCUUACCCAUGGCACAUUUUUCGAAUCGACGAUAAGGGUAUACGCGUUUAAAGGUCUGACGAGAUACUUUUUGCACAGAAAUUUCGCGCAGAGAUUGGACGAGGCCCUAGUGCAAUUCUGCAGAAUGUGCCCGAACCUUCACACACUGAUGAUCCGUGAUAAAAUAUCGACAGCCACGAUUUUAGAAAUCGUAUCCACCGCAAAGGCAUUGCGUUGUUUGUACGUUCGACGAAAUGUGAUUUUAAAAAGGUGCGACAAAGAUUGGGUAAGGCUCAUGAAUUGGUCGCCGGAACAUUAUCACUGGAUCAAAGAGAAUAGCCGCAGUUAUGAGAGCACUGAGAAGGAGGUAUCAAAAAUACUUAAGUACAGAUGGCAUAUGUUAUCUGAGAAGGAAUUUAAAAAUCAAACGGUGACGCUACACCUAUAAUUGAAAUGUUAAAAAAAUUAUACAAUCUUUUAAUAGCAUAAAUUUUUUAUAUCCGUUAACGUUUCUAAUCUAUUUUCAUACAAUGAAGAAAAAAGAAAAAACAUUUUUAAAAUGCAUACUCCAUACAACAAACAAUGCCUUUAUGAAGUACAUGCGUAUACAAAUUAAUAUUUUAACUACCUGUGAUGUCAAAGUUGAGAUUAAUUAUUUAAAGAUGUGUGCACGUUGGAUUGUUACAUACAGAGAUCUACUAUUAAAGGUAUAGUACAAUAAAAUCGUUAGGUAUCGCAAGUA